GGAACAUCCCUUUAAGACACAAGCUCGUUACACCCGGAAUAUUUUUUUCGUUGCACGUAUUUACCCCGGCAUGUCCCGCCGUUACAUUUGAACUGCGAAGUGUGAACAUUUCCAACACUGUCAUGUCAGGUUGUCACAUCGACCAACAACAAAUGGCUUCUCUAGAGGAGACGAGGACGAGUCUUUGCGAGCAGUUUGCCUCUGUUUCUGGGGCGGAUAGUGCUGUUGCUCAGUGUUAUCUAGCAGAAAAUGAUUGGGAUAUGGAGAGAGCAUUGAACUCUUUCUUUGAGGCUCAUAUGGAUUCAGUCUUUGAUGUUGAAGAUACAGAGGAAACUACAAAUGUGUCUGGGAAUAAGAGAAAGGAAUUGACUACUGAGACGACUGAUGCGUCGGGAUCAAAAAAGAAAUUUAAGAUGGACAAGGCGGAUUGUAUUGAUUUGACAGUGGAGGAGCCCACCUGUUCCAGCAGCAACUCCAAAGCGAGUCAGGCUGAUAGUGGUGCGUCCCAAACUGAUACCGAGGAUAGCAAGCUGUCUGUCAUCAGCUGGAAUGUGGAUGCUUUGGACACACUGAAUCUGGCUGAGCGUGCCAGAGGCUUGUGCUCAUAUCUAGCUCUAUAUACGCCAGAUGUGGUUUUUCUUCAAGAACUCAUUCCAGUUUAUAUCCAGUAUCUUAAGAAACGUGCUGUUAGCUACCAGUUUGUUGAGGGAAGUGAUGAUGGAUACUUCACAGGAAUCAUGCUGAAGAAAUCAAGAGUAAAGCUUUUGGAAAGUGAGAUCAUUUGUUAUCCCACAACACAUAUGAUGAGAAACCUGUUAGUUGUUUGGGUGACUUUCUUGGGUCAGAAGCUCUGCUUGAUGACUUCACAUUUGGAAAGCUGUAAAAACCAAUCAGAGGAGAGAAUGAAACAGCUGCGGGUUGUUUUUCAAAAAAUAGGAGAUACAUCAGAUGAUGUGGCUGUCAUUUUUGGCGGGGACACCAAUCUCAGGGACUCAGAGGUGGUAAAGGUUGGAGGUUUGCCUCCAGGUGUCAGUGAUGUGUGGGAACAGCUGGGCAAACAGGAGCAUUGCAGAUACACCUGGGACACUAAAGCAAACAGCAACAAAGCUGUGCCUUACGUCAGCAGAUGUCGCUUUGACCGCAUCUACCUUAAGUCUGCUAAAAACGGACUUAAAGUCACUCCUGAUCACAUGGUCUUGAUCGGAAUGGAGAAAGUGGACUGUGGCCGUUACACAAGUGAUCACUGGGGUAUUUACUGCACUUUUAAUACAUGAUUAUUAUAUACCAAAAACUAUCUGUCAUUGACUGGGUUCUGUAUGGGAUGUAGUUCAUUUAAAGAGUCUUUGUACUAGAUUUAAAGGAAAAUUUCACCUAAAAAUGAAAAUUCUCUCAUCAUUUACUCACCCUCAUGACAUCCCAGAUGUGUAUGACUUUCUUUGUUCUGCAAAACACAAAUUAAGAUUUUGAAAAGAAUAUUUCAUCUCUGUAGGUCCAUACAAUACAAGUGGAUGAUGACCAAAACUUUGAAGCUCCAAAAUGCACAAAGGCAGCAUAAAAGUAAUCCAUAAAACUCCAGUGGUUAAAUCCGUCUUCAGAAGUGAUUGAUUCGAUUUGGGUGAGAACAGGCCAAAAUGUAACUCCUUUUUCACUGUACAUCUUGACAUCAGCAGUCUCCUUGGCUAUCAUGAUUUCAAGCUCGAUUACACUUUCUAUAGUACCAACUAGCACUCUGCGCAUGCGUCAAGCACCCAUUGUACAAAGGUGCCUCUUUUUGUUCCUGAUAGGCAGCAGAAAAUAAUAGAGCAAAUAAUAAUAAUUAUUGUUAUCUCACCCAAAUCGACAUUGAUUAAACCACUAGAGUCUUAUGCAUUACUUUUAUGCUGCCUUUAUCUGCUUUGUGGAGCUACAAAGUUGUGGUCAUCAUUCAUUUGCAUUGUAUGGACCAACAGAGCUUAAAUAUUCUUCUAAAAAUCUUCAUUUGUGUUCAGCAGAGGAAAGAAAGUCAUUCACAUCUGUGAUGGCAUGAUGGUGAGUAAAUGAUGAGAGAAUUUUCAUUUUUGGGUGAACUAACCCUUUAAGAACUCUUUGAAGGAAUUGAAAAGUGACUACAGAUCUGUUUAAGAAACAAACAAAUCUAGAUAUUUAUAAGAUAAACAAAUGGGUAUAAGCAAAUAAAGAAAUAUUAAGUUUGAAUCAAUGUGAUUUCUUAAGAACUGGUCACUAUAGUAUUUUAAUGUGUUCUUGUGGUUAAUUUUGUUACCGCAUCCCAUGAUUAUUUAGUCAUGACUAUUAUCUACUCUCCCAACUUCCUAACUUGGUGCAAGUGUCUUGCAGGUAUGUAAUAUGAUUUCCCCUUUUCUGUUUUCUUUUUUUUCUUUUUUGUGCUUUUUGAAAGUGUGAAAGUGUUGACUGAAUUAUUGUAUUUUAAUAAAUAAGCACUUUAUUGUGGUAACAUGAUGUGUGUCCUGUAUUUUACCACAAGAGGUCAGUAUUUUUCAAACUAUGCCCUUUGCAUAGAA